UUGAACGGAAGUGAAAAUUCGUCGCUAAGUUUUCCGGAAAUAUUUUUCAAGUUUUUGUGUAAAUUUGAAGUAAUUUGUAAUUUUAUUGAGCACAAUAACCUGUUGUGUUCCAAAAAACUGGUGUUGAAGAAAAUGAACGGAACAAAGAUACUGGAACCGGACAGAGUAAACCUGAUGCAACAAGAUUCAACGGCAAAACGAAAAUGUUCUGGCCAACCUGAAAAAGACUUCUAUGAUUACAAAGCAGCCGUAUCGGCUUACCAAAACUACAUGGAAGGAUUUCAACUGGUCCUGUCACAAAAAGAGCAUGAAAUGACCGAAAUAUGUCAGAGACGCUUGAUUCCUUUGUGGUUCCAGGAACUUUCGAACGAGCAAGUCGAAGCCUUGAAUCAGCUUCUAGAAGCUGUCCAGGAUGAUUUGGACGAGGAUACUUUUUUUCGUUGUCGUAGCUUGGUUCGACGGCUAGGUGUUUAUCCAAUUUGUCCAGAAGUUACAUUUCGUGAAGCCCUUAUAAUGUCACGCGGAAACGAUUUGUGCUUUUUGUGGUUUCUGCUUGAGUUGUUCUACUCAAAGGGGCGAAAAGAUUACAGCAAUAACGAACGUUUGCUGAUGUCCGCAAUAUGCCACCUUGAUAUGAUGAGUACUUUAAGGGGGUUGGAAGCGGUUCUGCCUCCUCCUGCGCCAAAGAAACCGUGCUGUAAGCGCUACUCUGGUAGCAAGGGCGGCUUAUCGGACUGGGCCAGCAAUGUACGGUAUUGUUCGCCGUAUUUGGAACGACAGCGGGUUACUUGCCGCAAACCGGAAAGCUUCCCAAUCUGUGAAUUUAUUCCUUCGACACCUUUUUGCAUCUCUCGCUAUGAAAAAUACCGAGAUCCGGACUACAUAAUUCCGAAUGAAGCAUCCCGUUGGUUCGCGCGAAAGGCACGGGGUAAUCAAACAUCGUUCGACGAAAUGGACGAACAAGUUCAGCGAACGAUUCCUCUGUCCAGUGCCUGCGAUAGUGCGGAGUUGAUUGUCCGGGAACUGCUCAAUGAUCAGAUCGCUCUCAUGGUUAGUCAGACGACUGAGAGGGCGGAUCUGUGCCGGAAGCAUCAAGACAUGGAGAAGCGACGGAAGAAGUUGAUGGGUUUGUUGACGAAGCGGACCGCAGUGAGAGAGAAGAUCAACGAUGAUGUCGCGAGGAUCCGCGAGGAAACCCGUUAUGCCAAACAGGUAGCACGGGAAACCCGAAUGAUUCAGCUGCUGUUACGGAAGAUCAUCGAUGAUUCGAUCGUAUCUGCUAUGCUUACCCCCAGAAACAACUGCCCCGAAUGUUGGGAGUCGUUUGAGCGGCAACGGAAGCUACAACAGGGGACUACUAGAUGUUCGUGCACUUCGGACCGAGGGGUAUUCUGCCUCAGGAGUAUGCUUUCGGUUAAUCAGACAACGGCGCAGAAGUUUUUCCGAUUAUGUUGCGGUACUGUUCCGUAUGAGUUUGAUUAUCGCAAAAUUUUGGAAGAGGAUGGCACUCCCAAACCGGGUUGUCCGGUGAAGAAAGCGAUCCGGGUUGCCCUUGGGAUGGAAGAAGGGGAUACGGAUGAGGGUCAGGCUAUCGACCGUUGCCUGAAGGACAUGUGGCGUUGCGAGCUGAAACUGUGGAACGAACGAUUUCUGAAAGGACGGGAGCAAGCUAGGGAGAAAACAACGGAAGUUGAUAUGUUGGACUUUGAAUUUAUAGCUUCUAAAGAUCCAUUGUUCCUGGAGCUUCUUUUGAAGAGAGCACUUUUUAAACUUUGCGAAGAUCCGAAGUACGUGUUGGCGACAUUCCCUGAAACUUACAAACUUCCUUUUUUGAAUUCUUGGAUCCAACACCGCUAUGGCGUUCAAACUUCCCGGAAGGAGAGGAAUGAGUUGCUUCAUGAAAGUAAAUUCUUCUGGGAUUGGCUCAUACCAAAAGUGACUGCCCUACGCUGGCCAGGAUGUAAAGAUGUUGGCAUGCAAGGUCGCGUCAACUGGAACUACAAGCAAAGGUUGGAGAAUACUGUUCACAAACAGUUGGCUAAAUUUUACCGCAAGUUUAAGGAUGUUCAAAUCCACGAAGGUCGCUUUUACUGGUCCACAAUGGCUCCCUAUCAGAUCAAUGUCGAUCGUUUCCGGCAGAUUUACUUUGACUACCUUCCAAACUGUGAACCGUUGAUAGGACCGAUGGUUAGGCCAUGGCAUCCAUUUGAGUAUCGUUUAAGUAGAGCUGUACUGGCGGGCAGUGAGAGUAAAACUCGUUGCUAGUUCGUCGUUUUUUUUUAAAUAUAAUUUAUUAGAUUAUAUUUUUUUAGUUUACAUGACAGUUCUAAUUCAAUAAAUUGUGUGACUUUUCAUCCCUAUCACUCAGGAAUGUUUAUUCUAUAUAAUA